AUGUCCAACUUGACGCCCGAGCAGAAAUACGACCUUAUUACCCGUAACUUACAAGAAGUCCUUGGUGGUGAUGAAAUUAAAAAGGUGCUCGGCGAGCGCGAUUUAAAGUUGUACUGGGGUACUGCACCUACUGGUCGUCCUCACAUUGGUUACUUCGUCGCUAUGACCAAAAUUGCCGACUUUCUGGCUGCUGGUGUCGAAGUCACCAUUCUGCUUGCCGAUAUACACGCUUUCCUCGACAACAUGAAGGCGCCUUUGGAACUCGUGCAUCAUCGCGUCAAAUACUACGAAACCAUCAUUAAGACCGUGUUGACCUCGAUUGGCGUGUCGAUUGACAAGCUCAAGUUUGUCAUUGGUUCGGACUUUGAGCUUUCCAAAGAAUAUACCAUGGACAACUUCAAGUUGGCCGCCUGCAUCACCGAGCACGACGCCAAAAAGGCCGGUGCCGAAGUCGUCAAGCAAGUUGCUUCGCCUCUACUGUCCGGUCUUUUGUACCCUGGUAUGCAAGCAUUGGACGAAGAAUACCUGGGUGUGGAUUGCCAGUUUGGUGGUGUUGACCAGCGCAAGAUUUUUGUUCUUGCCGAAAAGUACCUUCCGCACAUUGGUUAUGCGAAGCGAUCGCAUUUGAUGAACGCGAUGGUGCCCGGUUUGGCAGGCUCGAAGAUGUCUGCUUCGGAUCCUGACUCCAAAAUUGAUUUCUUGGAUGAUGCCAAGACGGUGCAAAAGAAGAUUAAAAAGGCCUUCUGUGAGGAGGGCAAUAUCACUGAGAAUGGAUUGUUGGCAUUCAUCAAGUCGGUCUAUCUCCCGAUCAAGACGCUCAGCACUGACUCGCCUACCUUUGUUUGCCCGCGUCCUGAAAAGUUUGGUGGCGACAUUGUUUACAAGGACUAUGCUACGCUGGAGAAAGAUUUCGCAGAGAAGCAGCUGCACCCUGGUGAUCUCAAGGCUGGCGUCAUUGCUGCAUUGAACGAGCUGUUGGAUCCUAUCCGCAAGGCCUUUGAGGAUCCCGAGGUCAUGAAGCUCAACACACUCGCCUACCCACCACCAGCAGCAAAGCCUGUCAAGGAAAAGAAGAAGAAGGAAAAGAAGAAGGCACCAAAGCCUGAGGGUGGUGCUGCUCCAGAAGACAAGGAGGCACCAGCACAAGAGACCAAGGAGCAAUAG